AUGAGCACGGGAGCACGAGAAGUGAUCGUGGUACUGGCCCAUCUGGCACUUUGGAGCCAGCUUGGAGUGUUGACCCGCAUAUCCCUGGAUAGACUCUUCGCGGACGGUUGUCAUGGCUCUUUCGGAGUCUGUCUCACCUCAGAAGGCUUGCAGCACCACAGCCUUGGGGCCUACUUCCCAGACAUAGCCUCAAACAUGCUAGGCUCCUACAUAAUGGGACUGCUGGCGGCUUCAGCCACGCUGAACCUGCCCACCAGGAAGCCUAUGGCAAUCCUGCCACAAAAGAGCCCUCUCCAGGGUGUCCCAGAGCUUCAUAUCGGCGUGCGCACUGGCUUCUGCGGAUCGUUGACCACCUUUGCCUCCUGGGAGUACAGCCUCGUCACUGGCUUGGUUGGAGGGCAGGGCAAGCAGGGUGGGCAGUGGGCGGAGUUUCUGUGGGGCCUUGUCAUAGGGCUGCAGCUGUCGCUGGCGUCCUAUGUCUUUGGGGAGCAGUGCGCGCUCAUUGUCGACCGCUACCUGGUGCCUGGAGGCCAGGAUGAAACCGACCUGGAAAAGAUAGAGGACCGGGAGAGGGCGACAGUGGAGGCAGAGCGCCGAGGGGAGUUGGGGGGCCCUGACCGGGGCCUUAACUCAGACGAUUUUGGCGCCGGGCCAAAUUCAUAUUCGGAGCAGGAUGGCUCGGACGAGAUUACGUAUGUCCUGCAACAGAAGGCCGCUGAGGAGGGGACAGCUGCACCUGUCAGCAGCCGGCAAGAGCCAGGCGAGGCACGCAAUGGGGUGUCGUGGUUCAGGGCGUUUCUGCAGCAUGACAGGGAGAAGUACAGGCUACAGGGGAAAACAAAUCUGGUGACUGCCGUGCUUCUGGCCCUGGUGUUGGCCCUUUUCAUCACUCUGACAAUUGUUGACAGAGGCCCUUCACACGCCGGCAGGCGUGCACAGUGGCUGGCAGUUCUGUUUGGGCCAUUUGGGUGCACGCUAAGGUGGCUGCUGUCAAAGUACAACUACAAGCUCCCUGGGCACUGGAAGUGGCUGCCUGCUGGCACCUUUGCAGCCAACAUGAUCGCCUGCCUUGUGGACUACCUCGUGGGGGGGAUUGGGCACAGGGUGGGCAGCCUCGGAUACUGGGCCACAAUUGUGUUGUACGCCAUCAGGACAGGAUUCUCUGGGGCGCUCUCCACUGUCUCCACUUUUGUCGCAGAGGUUCAUGCACAAAUGAUGCUGAUUCCGGAGGUGCUGCAUGGGUACACCUACUCUAUCGGGUCCCUUGUGACGGCUGCACUAUUGGGAAUCCUUGUCUAUGGGUCCAUGGUCUGGUCAACAUGA